GAGGGAUUGACUUGUCCGCCGCGCGCAGUUCCACAUGUAUUUUCCUGUAACGUUGCAGAUCGUUCUAGUGUUAGCUCUGGCCCUGCUCAUUCCCCUCUGGCCGACCAGUAUCUUGCCUUUCCUUAAUCUCUUGAAAUCAUUCACCUCGAAGCCCACAAUGGCUGGCAUUUCCGUGGCCCAAAAAGCUCACCUACAGGAAGUUGCCGACUUGAUGUUGGAUAUUUAUCAGACUCUCGCACAGAUGCGUUAUAUUGACGCCCGGGGAAUCCAAACUGGACCGCACGACAUCUCCAAACUACGUCCCCUGUACGAAGAACAUGGACUAGACCCCUCCAUCAUCUACCUAUACAGCAUACUGCCGUAUGUAGAUACUGCUGCAGCAGGAAAUGAGGAUUUCUUCCAUGGCGGCACGUUUACCGACUUUCGGAUCGAGGAUGAUGUGGAACAAGGUCGUGAUCCGUUCUACGGCAGUCCUUCGGACGAGGACUUUGAGGAUGAAGAUGGUCCUUACAUGCGUCCUUGGGUCACGCCGCUCUCAAGGCUGGGAAAUCACAACAGUGUGAUUGUAUAUGAUGCACGGAAACACCAGAUCUGGAUUAUCGACCAAGAGGGCUGGUCCACCACGGAUCCUGCAUUGGAGGAUGUGGAAGAAGAGACACCGAAGAGCAAGAAUCGGAAUAGUUUCGACCAUAUCCCUAGUCGGCCGGCAGGCGAUGUGCUGCGGGACAUCGUCAGGUGGUACCGCGAGCUAGAGGAGUUGCCAGGAGGUGGAGAGUACAGCGGGCUGGAGUGGAGUCCGGACUUGGGCCUGAAGGAGUUGUAUCGGAAGCAUGGAUGGCCGGACAAUUUUGAUGGCGACGCCUUCCAGGUGGACAAAGCGAGAGCCUACUGCGCGGACACGGUCAAAUACAGAGCGGAAGAACCCUUGCGAGAGAUGGAGAAGUACCGAGAUUGGAAGGAAUGGAAUAGUCGCACAAUCCAGGAUCGGCAAAAGUCUCUUUCCACGGCUAAGAACCCAGAUGAAGAGUGGAUGAUGCGGCUGGACCUGUGGGAUGCGGAGCAGUCUUAUCGCAGGAACACCAAAGAACUCGAGAAGGCCGAGGAGAACGCCAACACACUUUGCCCGGGUGGAGUAUGCUUGAAGUCAGAGGAGAUGCCCUUGCUGGAAGCGGAUGUGAUACGACAGGAAUACGAGAGCAAGCAAAGGCAAGUGGAGGCUGAGCGAAAUUGGAUGGAAGAAGCGACCGAAUCUGAUCCUGAGCGCACCGAGGAAUUUCGCAUCUCCCUAUACCAUGUAGAGAAGGAGGAGGCAAUCUACCGAAAGGCAUGGGAAGCUGCCAGAGCCGAUGCAGAACGUCUGUGCCCUGGAAGGACGUUGGACUCUGUGACCGAGAUGGGGCGCUCAGAGCGGCAGCAAUCCAUGGCAGAGGUACAGAGGAUCGAAAACUUUAUCACGUCUCUGCAACCUGAGCUCGCUGCAUUACGGGAAUGGGCAACUCAAAUCCCAGUCGAUGCCCCCAAUGCGAGGGACAAGGUCAACAGAAAGAUGGAGGAUUAUGAACGGUCAAUAGAAAGUAGCCAGGCCAGGCUAGCUACGCUGAAGGCUACGCUAUGAGUAUCAGCUUAGCCAGGGUUUAUUAAUUGCAAGGCAGGCUUUUUGCCCGGAAACGGAGAUGAUUAUAUGCGGUGCCGCU